AUGCGUGGCUUGGCUUUUGUUGUUGUUUUUCUUUUGACUGCAGCAUUUGCAGUGUUAUCUUCCUUUGGCCAUUCGUUGCAUGGCUGCAUUGAAGAAGAGAGGCAAGCUCUUCUAAGUAUCAAAGGAAGCUUCAAAGGACCAUCAUCAAGACUUUCCUCUUGGAAAGGAAGUCAUUGUUGCCAAUGGAAAGGUGUAGCUUGCAGCAACAUUACAGGUCAUGUUGUCAAACUUGACCUCAGAAAUCCUUGCUUUCCACCAAGGGGCCAACCAUUACAAUCAAAUUGCUCCUUUCUUGAAAAUGCUCUUGAAGCUCAAUCUGUUCAUCCUUCUAUAUCGCAGCUCAAGUAUCUUAAUUAUUUAGACUUGAGUGGAAACAAUUUUAAUACAAGCUCAAUCCCAAUGUUCAUCCAAUCUAUGGAGCAGCUGCAAUUUCUUUCUCUAUCUAACUGUCAUUUAAGUGGGAGCAUCCCACACAGUUCUGGGAACCUCACAAAAUUGCGCCUUCUGGAUUUGAGCUUCAAUUCUCUUUUAUAUGUUGAUGACUUCUACUGGAUUUCUCAGCUCUCAUCCCUCCAAUACCUUGACAUGAGUGAUGUGUAUCUUGGUAAGGCACACAACUUGUUGCAGGCACUCAACAUGCUUCCUUCGUUGUUAGAAAUAGAAUUUAUCAAUUGCGGACUUAAUAUGUGGCACUCGCAUCAACAUGUUAGAGCCAGAAACCUUUCAAGAGUGGAAGUCCUCAAUCUAGCACAAAAUGGACUUCAGACUCCGUUUCUGAAUGCUUUUCAAAAUAUGACUUCCAUUGCAGUGAUUUACCUUUCACAAAACAAGUUUGAUUCUGUUCCAUCGUGGUUAGGUGAGUUAAAGGGUCUUCAAUACUUCGAUAUUUCACUUAAUAAUGUCAAUCAUAUUGAGGGAUCUCUUGCAUCUAUUCUGGGAAACUGUUGCCAUCUUCGAACACUGGAUAUGUCAAGAAAUAACAUUCCAGGAGAUGCACUUGGAGGCUAUAUACAAUCCGGAUGCAUCAGGUACGAUUUAAUACAACUGGAUUUGAGUCACAACGAACUUAAUGAUCCUUUGCCUGCAUGGUUGGGGCAACUCGAAAAUCUAAGUUACUUGUUUUUGUAUAACAGUAAUUUGGUUGGCACUCUUUCUUGUGAUAUAAUAUCAAAACUAGUUAAUCUGAAGAAGCUGGUGCUUUUCAAUAAUAACUUCAACGGGUCUCUACCUGACUGCAUUGGGCAACUUGUCAAUUUAACCACCUUACUUCUUUCUUCUAAUCAUUUUCAUGGGGUCAUUCCUAGGAGUCUUGAGCAACUUGUAAGUCUGGAAUAUUUAGAUCUUUCAAGGAACUCUUUAAACGGUACAAUUCCUCAAAAUAUUGGUCAACUGAUAAAGUUGGACACCCUUUAUCUUGACAACAAUAAUUUACAUGGAAACAUUCCUUACAGUCUAGGUCAACUUCUACUCCUGCACAACAUAGACAUUGCCCUGAAUCAUUUGGAGAGUUCGGUGUCUGACAUAAGAUGGCCUAGGCAGCUUGUCUACUUGAACCUUACCAGUAAUCAUAUCACUGGGUCAAUUCCCCAAGAUAUUGCCGAUAAGUUGCCCAAUGUUACUCACUUUCUUUUUGGAAACAACCUUUUAAAUGGUUCCAUUCCAAACUCAUUGUGCAAAAUAGACUCCUUGUACAAUCUUGACCUUUCAGGCAAUAUGUUAUCAGGUGAAAUUCCUAAUUGUUGGAGUGUCACUCAAGGACUCAAUGAGAUAAAUUUUGCUUCCAACAAUUUUUCAGGUGUUAUUCCAAGUUCUCUUGGAAACCUAAACGGGUUGGGAUGGUUACAUUUGAGCAAUAACAGUCUUCAUGGGACGUUUCCAUUAUCAUUGAGAAAUUUAAAAAAUCUUCUAAUUGUGGAUCUAGGUGAGAACCACCUGUCAGGGCUUAUACCAUCAUGGAUGGGGAACAUUUUCUCCUUAAUUCAGAUUCUAAGGCUUCGGCAAAACAAGUUGAACGGAACAAUUCCUUUAGAAUUGUGCCAACUUUCUGCACUACAAAUAUUGGACCUCUCAAACAACAACCUGGUGGGAACAAUCCCUCAUUGCGUUGGAAAUCUCACAGGAAUGAUUUCAGGAAAGAAAUCUUCUAUCAGCCAACCUAGUGAAGGGCCUAGAUAUAAUGAAUGGUUUGAACAAGAUGUGAGACAAGUCAUAAAAGGACGCGAACUUGACUAUUCCAGAAAUCUAAAACUGCUAGCCAACAUGGACUUGUCAAAUAAUAAUUUGAGUGGAUCUAUUCCUGAAGAAAUAACAUUGCUUUCUGCAUUGCAAGGCUUAAACCUUUCAUACAAUCAUCUGUCAGGACAAAUUCCUAAAAGGAUAGGGGACAUGAAAUCACUAGAAUCUCUUGACCUCUCUCAUGACCAACUUUCAGGCGUGAUUUCAGACAGCAUAUCUAGUCUAACUUCAUUGAGCCACUUAAAUUUGUCCUACAACAACCUGUCAGGACCAAUUCCCAGCGGAUCUCAAUUGUCAACCCUUGAUGAUCCUUUUAUUUAUGCUGGCAACCCAUUUCUCUGUGGAUCACCACUGCAAAAUGAGUGUCCUGUUGAUGAGUCCGAACAUGAAGAUGAAGAUGGCAAAAAGGAUAAAGUAGAGAAAUUGUUGUUUUACUUUAUCGUAGCAGUUGGCUAUGCUAUUGGUUUCUGGUCAGUGAUUGGAAGCUUGUUGAUAAGUAGAAGUUGGAGGCGUGCUUACUUUCAACGCAUUGAUGAGUCAAUGCAGAGGAUAAAUGCAUCACUGGCAGCACAUUUAGCCAAUGUCAAAGAAAGAUUUACAGGAAACCUGAAGCUUAGUGACACAUUGUUGUGGUAA